AUGACUCCAGAGCACCCGAUGUGGCUCCACGCACGGCCCAGACUGAGCGAUGCCGGAAAACCCACAGGAAGAGACGCCGGGUCCUCGUCUGGGCAACUCCCUCCUGAGCGGAACGGAGGGACCCACCUGUCGCCCGGAUCCCAUGGCACGUGCGAUUUGCUGUUUGCCUGGAUUCAGGACGUCACGGCCGUGAUCCCAGACCUCAUCCAGCCCUCUGAUCACUACCCCUUGACCCCCAUCCAUAUGGGCACGUAUGACGCUUACGGAGACAGGAGCACAGGUGGUUUUCUCAUCUGUUCUUCUGCCGCUCGUCCCGGCCGGGGCCGCCCCGGGCUGUGGGGGGGGCGGGCCCCGCGCGGGGGGGGGCACCUGGGGUCCCGGCCUUGUCCUCGCGGCGCCGCCGCGGUCCCAGCCGGGUGCGAGGUCGGACCCAAAGCUGGAGCCCGUGGCAGCCGUGGGCUUCCCCUUCCCGGCGGGAGCUGCAGGAGCAGGACCCAGGAGGGGCUGAGGGUGCAGAAGUGCCUCGUGUCGUCCAGACCGGAAACCUUGCUUUUCGUUUUCAGGCUGGCAGAGUUGCAGCCUCUGCGGGAGGUGUUUGAGGACGUGGCAGUGUAUUUCAUACAGGAGGAGUGGGAGCUGCUGGAAGAGGAGGACAAGGGGCUUUACCGGGACCAGAUGCUGAGGAACUACCAAGCCCUCGUUUCCCUCGGAUAUCGAGGUCCCACACCUGACUUGAUCUGCCGCAUCCAGCGAGAACAGGUCGAGCUCUGGGUCUGUGAUGAUGUGUACUGUGGGGCAAUCUUGAGGUCGGAGGACCUGCUGUCAGCCUCUGCAGACCUGUGCAGCACUUGGUACCUGCUCUUUGUUAGACCCUGCCUCUAUGCGAUGCCCAACAAGUAG